AUGGGUUGUAUUGCAUCUAAGAGGUAAUAGAUUAAGGAUUCCUCAAAUCAAACAAUGUAACUUAGUUAAAAAUAAUAAAUAUAAUCAGAAGAAUAAUCAAAAUUACAAAUGACUAUAUCAUUAUCUAAUAGUGUUAGAGCUUCUUCUAUCAACAAUUCUAAACCUAUCUCAAAAUAAUAACAGAUGAGAAUAGAAAAACUUUUAUUUAGUAAAAAGAGAAACAUAUAAUCUAACUUAUUUUAAUGCCCUGAAGAAGAAUAAGCAUAUUAGAGAACUAUCGUUCGAUUAUUAGUCAAUUGA